GGCCGCCCUCCAGCUGCUCGCCGGGGGUGCUCCCGGCAUUCCUGCCCGGGGCAGGGGGUGAGCUGGAAGACCCCCCAGGCCCCGCCCGCGUCCCGUCCAUCGUCUGGGGACGCUCCCUGAGAACUGAUUGCGCGUAGAGUAGAGCUCGGGGGUCCCGUCAGAGCUCGGGGGCUUUUAACAAUGCGCCUGUGGUGAUUAUGGAACAAACAACUUAACCACCGUGCGAGGGGACGCUUGUGCAGUUCUGUAAAAACAUCACUCUGUUUAUUAUGGUUUUUAUACCCUGCCUUUUUUCUUUUACAAACAGCUCAAAGGUCUAAGUCUCCCCCUGCUGUGCCCUCUCCCCUCCCCUCAGCCUUUUUUCACAAUCUCCUCCAGUGGCAGGUUAGUCUCAGACAGGAAGAGGUAUGUAUUGCUUAUUCAUUGGAUUUAUAUCCUGCGUUUCCCAGCACUCCUCCAGUUUUUCCCUACAGUAACCCUCUAAGGUAGGCUGGGUGAGCGCUGAGUGCGUUUCCAGGGCUGAGGCUGGAGUUGAACCUGGAUCUCCCCGGGCCACUCCAGCGCCUAAGCAGAGCACUUUCAACAGCUCUCUUGGUCCCUUGCCAUUGGCUGUGCAGUAAUGGGUGGCCGAUGGGAGUCGUAGCCCCCAAACCCUUGGGAGCACCCCGUUGCCUGCUCUGGUUGAGAUCAGGUGAUUGGGCUAGGUGUGCUUUCUGAGUGAGGGGGAUUAGAAACCUGACGUGUGGUUUAUGUGGCCACACUGGUAGUGUGUCAGAUCAGUGCCUUUUCUAAUGUUGCCUGAAUGUUACCAACCAAAUGCCUAGCCAUUUGGACUAGAAACUUUUUCUAAAUAAUAUGAACUGGAAACCAGGGGCCGGGGUUGGAUACUUAAGCUCCUUGAGCAGAACAUAGAUAGCUAAGCCUUAGCAGUGGGUGACAAGUGGGAUACAAGAGAGAGAUCCAUGCGUGGAGUGGCUGACGAGUCCCUAUAAAGAAUUCUAUAGGAUUCUGUAAAGAAUCCCACAAAACUUUUCUCUUCCUUGCUUAUCUUAUCCAUUUUCCAUGGGGAAUAAGUUGUUUUCUUUUAUUCUUUGUCGGGGGAGGAUGUUGUGGGACUAUACGAGUAGUGUAGCUGAGCUUUGCAAUUCCUGAAAUGAUGACUGUGUGAACUUGGAGGAGGAGAACUCUGUGUAAAUUCCUCUUUCCCUCUAGCCUGUAAAACAAGCUGUGGAGUGCAAGGCCUUGGAGUCUGCUGCUCUCCUCUGUCUUGACAGACUUCAGCCCUGCGUGUGAUGGGGAAAUGAAGGUCUGGAGUUCGGAAGCAUCUGCCGGGUCAGCCAUGGCUGCAGGUGAAGCCAAGGAUGCUGGGAUGGACUCCCACAGUGCCCAGUUGCUCCAUCUGGAGCAGAGGAUGGUGGCAGCUGAACAGAAGUGGAUGGGCUGCGAGAAGGCAGUGAUGGAAAUGGGGAGCCAGCUGGAGAGCAAGCUGGCUGUGUUAGGGGCCAUCUUGGAGGAGAACAGCCUGUUGCAGAGGCGGCUGGAGAACCUAGAGAGCCUGCUGAAGAACCGGAACUUCUGGAUCCUGCGCUUCCCUCCAGGAUUUAAAGGAGAAAUUCCUAAGGUGCCAGUGACCUUCAGUGAUGUUUCAGUCCAUUUCAAUGAACAGGAAUGGAGGAACCUAGAAGAAUGGCAGAGAGAGCUUUAUAGAACUGUCAUGAGAAGCAACUACGAGAUGCUGGUCUCCCUGGAUUAUGCCAUUUCGAAGCCUAAUAUCCUAUCUGAGAUGGGGCAAGGGGAGAAAAUGUGCACGGAGGACUCAGAAGCCUUGGAGGAUAGGGAAAUACCUAAGGAACCCAGCUGUGCAGGUUCCCCGGUUGAUGUGGCAGAUGCUUCUUCCGGAGAUGGAGAAGUUGAGGAAGAAGCUAAUCUGUUUGUUGAUGUGGCAGAUGCUUCUUCUGGGGAUGGAGAAGCCGAGGAGGAAACUAAUCUGUUUGUUGACGUCGCAGAUGCUUCUUCUGGAGAUGGAGAAGCCGAGGAAGAAACUAAUCUGUUUGUUGAUCAAGAGAAUUGCUAUGAAAUGAGCUUCAUUGAUAGCUCUGGCCUUGAAUAUCAGAUUGUUCGUCAUGAUAUUAAGGAAGAAAAAGAAGAACUGCAUAUUAAGGAAGAGCCAUGGUCUCCUGGAAGCCCCGGCAGUGAUGAAUAUCCACCCGUUCCAGUCUCCAUUAAGCAAGAAGAGGAGUUAUGUGUUGAAGAUCAGGAGGGUUUGGAUUCGCUUGCUGGACACACAGUGCUACUCCAGUCUGUAGAAGAAGACGACGAACAGAAGACUCCAUCAUCAUUGAUGGCCUGUAGGAAUGCUAUUCUGCAUGAUGCCACAGAUGAUUCUGAGCAGAAAGAAGCAUAUGCAAAAGGGUGCCUUGUCCAGUGUGGCAGAUGCAGUAAGAGCUUUGUGCAUGAGGAGACCUUGACUGAUCACCAGUAUAGCCGCAAGCGAAAAUUCCAGUGCACAGAAUGCAACAGGAGCUUUGCUUUCCAGGGACAGCUGUCCCAGCACUUGCUAAUACACGCACCUGGGACGCAGUUCCAUUGUACUGAAUGUAAUCUGUGUUUUUCAAGCCAAAAGGCUCUUAGUGUGCACGAGCGUGUUCAUGCAGUGGAUUGGCCACUGCACUGUUCUGCAUGCAACAGGACAUUUAUGGACACAGCAGCAUUUGACCAGCACCAGCUGUCUCACGCACCAGGCCAGGUUUGCCGGUGUGUGGAGUGCAGUGUUUACUUUACUGAUCCAGCAGCUUUGGCAGAACACAAGCGAAUGCACUCGGAAGACUGGCCUUUCCGGUGUGCUCAGUGCGACCGAACUUUUGUGCACCAGGGCUUACUGUUGGAACACCUUCAGAAUCACAGCAGAACAAGGAGUCGCCGCUGCCAUAUCUGUGGCUCAUGGCUUUCCUACAAGGGAAUGCUGAAGCAUACUGGGGCUCAGUUGUAUCACUGCAAGAAGUGUAAUACUUCUUGCCAAGUUCAGGGGUCUGACUCAUUGACUAUGAGCUUUAAAAAUAAAAAUAAGCCAGGCAAAGCUAGUUCUUACGCCCCCCCCCCCGCCCCCUUAGGAUAUAUCCCCAGUAUGAAAAGGUCAGAUACAAAGAUUAUUUUUGUGGAUUCCUGUUCUUUAAGGUGUAACAGGGCAGUUAAGAAAAGUAUGCACUUGGGAUAUAUGGUGAUAGCAUGGAAGUCCCCUUAGCAAUGAACAGUCUUUUCCAUGAUUAGGCAACUCUGGAUUGGUCCAGAAAGGAUUUUGCUGUGGAAUGAGAUAACCUCCUGCUCCUAUUAGCAGUGGAAUAUAGAGUAUGCCUCUUUAACUUCUUUCCUGCAGUCUCCUCUCCCCUACCCCAGUACACCCAAAUUUUAUUUUUCUUGUGAUCAGGUUGGCAGUUUCCUUCCUUUGACCGUUGAAUUAGUGUUGGAAAUUGCUACCUCUUGCAUUGUGUGAUGGCUGCUUUGCUAUCUGUACAAUAGGUUUGCUUCUUUUUAGGCAUGCAAUAAGAGAGGAGCUUGUGGCAACUGGACUGCUACUAUUGCCAUCAAACCCAGUUAUCCAACUCACCUUUUUGUUUUCACUUUUUAGCCCCCCCCCUUCAUAAAGGAUCCACAUCUGUUGUCUGUUGUGACCUUCUCAUGAUAGCUUACCAUAGUAACAGGAGAAAGAAUAUUCUGAAAAGUUUCAUAAUGGUCAGGUAGUAAAUGGUGGGUUGAAAAACAUUCUUUCCAGGCUAAGAACUAAUUGCAAGCUAAAUCUGGACAUAUAAUCUCUGAAGCAUUUUCUGAUUUUGCUAUCAUACAUUUAUAAAUACUCAGUACUCUUCCUAUGCUAUAUUUUAGCUUUCCUUGGUCUGAGCUUUUCCAUGUGUGUUAGACAACAGCAAAGUGGGCUGGAUGUAUGUGAUGUAAUCCAACAUAUCCUAAGGAUUUCAGGUUGGAGAAGGUGGCUUUAUUUUUUUACUCCACGUCAGGAAGAAUAUAUUAGCGUUCUCACUUCUGGAGUUAUUAUAUUUUUGUUCUUGAAGCAGUCACUAAGAGGUUUCAGUUCAUCAUAUGCUAAACGAUUAUCCUGUGUGCUUAUUCCCUCAUGAUUUCCUUGGCUCUUAAUCCAUUAAUUCUCCUAAAGGCUGUUCCUCAUUUGUGAAAUAUACCCAACUGUACUUUUUCCAGGGUGAUGGUAGGCUGGUUGAUUUGGCUGAAGAAGCGGCUUUAUAGUAAGGCAGAAAUCAAUUAACUUGCCUCCAUCAAGUACUUCAUUGCUUUUGUGAGUGUUUUAAUAUUUGCUUCAUUAAAUGGUUACUUCACUACAAAUUCUGAA